AGCUGGACGUAGCGAUCCCGCCAGGGGUAUCAGCUCCAUCCUCUUCGCUUCCCUAUAAGGCCACGAAUGCCACUUCUGAAAUGAAUUUGUGCGACAUCUUCGUCUUUUGCUUGCUGGAGAAGUUGGAGGAUAUUUCAUGAUUGAGGUUUCAUGCAUGUUAAUGUCUACUGCUGGCUGGUGAGUCCAGCUGGCUCCCUUAUUUGUUCAUUGCUAUUUUCAAAAGAGAUAAGAUCUGGGAAGAUGGUGCUGUUGUGCUCUUCCUCUCCCCUGCCCCCGCAAAUAGGAAAGUACAUAGAAACUGGUGCUACAGGGACUACUAAAGAUGUAGCAGAAGAAUCCAUAUCAGAUGAUGACAAAAGGAGGAACUAUGGAGGGGUGUACGUGGGCCUGCCAUCGGAUGCGGCUGCCAUGGCUCCCAGUCAGACGAAAGCUGCACCCAAAGAUUAGAAGGAAAUAAAGACAUCAAGAUGCAAACAGCCCGAGUCUAUUGAGAACAGUUGCCAGUGCUUUGGAGAGAGCUGUCUUUGUGCUGAAGAUUUUGAUAUUUACACAGCCUUCCAGAGAGCAGGAGAGAUCAGAGCACCAAAAAAUCCAAACUGUUCCAAGUUCCAGCAACGGGUAAAGCUUAAAGUACAGCGUUGAAUUCGUUUCCAAUGAUAGUUGCAUUAUGGAAACCUCCUGCUGUUCUCCAGUGAAAGAUGAAAUUUGUGAACUCAUGGUGGAUGUUUCUGCACAAGAGCUAACUUUGAUGAUCUGCAACUUAUUUCUCUGUGGCCAUAUUGCAGAUUCCAUCAGCUAUCAGCUAUGCUUCAUAUAUUUCCUCAAAAAAGUUUGAUAGAUUUUGUAUAGAAAACCAUCACUACUGUCCACUCAAUAGUUUCUAUGGUAGGUUCCUGUAAAUUAAUUGUUAUUUUACUUCAGAGUAAUAUAUUUGACAAGUUUGCAUCUUUUUGGGAAUAUUGCAAAUUUUAAUAUUUUUGCUGUGAAAUACUAGGAAUAGGAUGAAACAAGCUUAAGACCUUAAGGUUCUUUAUAAUUAUUUCUAUCCCUUUUAUACCAUGUGACAAAUAUUAGUGUUUAAUUUUCACCUUGUAAAAAGAUGUUGCUCAAGGAAAUUGAUUCAAAUAAGAAGGAUAUACUUCAUUGUAUUAUUUACAUGUCUGUUUAUAUUUUACUUUAGCUAUAUCUCUUUUAUAAAGCAUUACAUGCAAAAAAAUACUAACAAAAUAAACUAUUAUGUGUUCCAUUCCAUGUAAUAAUAAUAACAUGUCCUUGCAUAAGGAUGAAGUGAUAGUAUUUUCAGAGCUAGUGGGACUAAACUCCAGUGCUGCAUCCUCUUGACCUGUAGAGUAUUUUUGAUCAUUAUUAGAGUUUUGUAUCCAUGUCCCAUCUGAAAGCAUCUCCAGUAUGGCAAAUUGAAACAGAAUUAGCAUUAUUACUACUUUAGCAAAUUGUUCAGGUUUUAAAAUUCAUUAACUUAAUAGCAAUUGUAAGUUUCACAUAGAACAUAAAACAGAUUGUACAUUUACAGAUGGCUGAAUAAGUAUUUAAACUACUAAAACCUUUUGCAUUAUUCUUUAGUCAAACUCUUUUUAAUGGGACUUGAUACACCAUACACUUUAAAUAAUCAAAUAAACAACAAAAAAAACCCA